CAUGAUGCCGGAGUACUUCCACAGCGGGGGGAUGAAGCUGGAGGACCCCGUGAAGUCCUUGACCUCCAUGGACUACUCACACAUCAAGCCCUUCGCUACGCACGACCUCAAUUCGCUCAGGGCGCACCAGCAUCACAUCAUGUCCAGUCAUGAUGUUUCGCCAUCAUUAGAUAAAGACGACGAUAUGACGUCAUCGCCGAAGCACCCACACCUCCAAAACUUGCACGGCCACUACCAUCUCACCGGGAAUUCCGGCCACACCCAGCACCACCUGUUUGGUAUCAAAGACAGAUCGUUUCCCAACGACGAUUCCCUGAUGAAACGCAUGACGGCACCUCACGACGAUCACGGGGAGGAAAUGACGUCACUCCGACCACUCGCCAACCUCCACGAUCACGUGACGAAAUCUUUUCCCGAGCCGGCGGCCGACUUCAGCAAGUACGGGCUCGGCCUCAACGGCGUCAUUUCCGGCGACAACAACAACGAACCCUCCCAGCGCGGGCACCAUGGCCUUGACCUUGCCAAGGACUACAGCUGCCCGCCCCACGACGCCACCAACACGCCACCGCUCACGACGUCCAUGCCGUCCUCUCUCUACUCCCGACUCUACAACACCGAGCCGGACGCGACUUACUUUUCGCCCUUUAAAUUUUACCCCCCUUACUCCAGCACCCCCACGCCCAGCGAGAAAGACUACGAAAAACUCUCUCAACCUCACCAAGACCACGCCUCUCAUUACAAGAGCCAAGCCCGCUACAACGACAUGACCCCCAACAACGAAUCCUCCAUACAAAACUCUAAACUUUAUCAAACCUACGACCGAUGUGAACCGUCGCAGAAAAACAUCGACAGUAUAAAAUCAAUCAAUAACAAUAACACUCACAACAGUCACGAGAAUAAUAAUAAUAAAAACAAGAAUAAAAUCGACAGCAACGAAGAUCGCCAAACAAAGCAAGUCAAAUCCCAAGCUAGCGGCAGCGUACUAGUACCCAAACAAGAGCCACACUCGGAUAUCUCUUCGAAAACAUCAAAACCCGUCAAAUCCGAAUCCGACUCCUUCGGAAAAAACAACAGUGACUCGUCUUCAAAAUCCCCCAGCUCGCCGCAGGGUAACAAGUCAACGACCCCUAACAAUAAAGACAACCCCGAGUCUUUUAAAGACCCCAACGUCAAGCCACCGUAUUCUUACGUUGCUCUCAUCGCCAUGGCAAUCAAAGAGUCUACGGAAAAGCGUCUAACGCUCAGCGGGAUUUACCAAUUUAUUAUCGGAAGAUUUCCGUACUACGAGAAAAACAAGAAAGGAUGGCAAAACUCUAUCCGGCAUAACCUGAGCUUAAACGAGUGCUUCGUCAAAGUGGCACGCGAGGGAGGAGGGGAGAGGAAGGGCAAUUUUUGGACCCUUGACCCAGCUUUUGAGGAUAUGUUCGAGAAGGGGAAUUACCGACGUCGGCGACGGAUGAAGCGGCCUUACCGUCCGACGUUGUCCCUACACAAACCGCUGUUCGCUGACCACACGCACGCCCUCAACCAGUUCGCCUUCAACAACUACUUCAACGCCCCGUCCUACACGCAGUACUCCGGGUAUUCCCCGUGGUCCCUGGCCCACAACUCCGCCCCCAGCAACAUGGGCGUGUCCCAGCUCCCCAGCUACCGGUCCUGCCAACGUGUCUCCGCCCAUUCAGCCCUCAACGGGUUUCAGUACUCCAGCAUGGGCGUCGGCAUGGGUAUGAGCGUGGGGCUAGGAGCCCCCGGCGCCCAAGUACCCCCGAGCAUGCCCUCACCGUCGAACUACCCCUCGCCUUACCCCCAGUUCCCCGAGUACAGCACCGUGGGGGGCGGGUCGUCGUUUGGCUUCCAGUGCCGUCAACAGGGAGACGCCUUUAACUCAUCCCAUUAUAACACCUAUUGGGCCGACAGGUGAGGGCAAAGUCGAACGUUCAUAGUACUGACACGAACAGGUCAAACGUUCAUAAUACUUGUUCAUCAUAGU